AUGUCAAUCCGGAUUCCGUCGGCUUCCUGGGAUUUUCGCGGGUUCGUAUUUUGUUUCAUCUUCUUCGGCUCGUUCCCGGGAACAAUACGAACACAAGAAGUUACACUAGAUUCGAUUCGGAUUUUCACGACUCACGAUUGGUUCUCGACAAAGCCUACAGUCUAUUUCCAAUGCAAUGGGGAGAACAAGACGGUGUUCCCUGAUGUGAAGAGAACGAAUGUCUCUUACUCUUUCAAAGGCGAAGAAUCUUGGCAGCCACUAACCGAACUUAACGGGACGAAAUGCAAGAGAUGUGGAGUCUAUGAGGAAGACGCCCUUAGAUAUCAUGAUACGUUUGACGAAUGGGAGUUUUGUCCUUCUGAUUUCACUGCCGAGGGUAGAUACACACACCUCAAGGAUAAAGAAUUUGAUGCUACUUUUCUCUGCCAUGGAUGCUCACAAGUCGGAGCUGGUUCGAAUAAAGAAUCUGGCUCUGAGAAGGAAGAAGAAAGGAGCGGGAUGCAUCCUGCGAUUGUGGUACUGAUUGUAGUACUUGUGUUAGGUGUAGUUGCGGUGGCUCUUGUGGUUGGUUAUAAGUAUUGGAGGAAGAAGAAACGGCAACAAGAGCAAGCCCGGUUUCUCAAGCUUUUCGAAGAUGGUGACGAUGACGAACUUGGCCUUGAAGAUACCCUAUGA